AUGCCGAAGGCGACGGAUCUGACGUUCACGAACAAGUUGCACCAGCUGUGGAGUGGGGACGCCCAGCUCGGGAUCGGGGAGGAGCCGCAUCCUGGACGGGAGAAGUACGAGCCUUCGAGAUUUGACCAAGGGUUCAUCGUGCACCACUACGCGGGCAAGGUCGAGUACCGCACGGACGGAUGGCUAGACAAGAACAAAGACCCGCUGAACGACAACCUCACGCGCGUCCUCGCCUCGUCCUCCGAACGCUACGUCGCCUCCCUCUUCUCUGACUUCCUCGUCGACGCCAACGGUCCUGGAGCGCAGAACGGUCUUCCCAAUAUGUUUACGAUGGGCAAGAAGAAGCGCACGCUGAAGAAGGGCGCGUUCCGGACGGUCGGACAGAGGCAUAAGGAGCAGCUCUCAUCCCUUAUGGCGCAGCUCUAUGCGACGCAGCCCCAUUUCGUGAGGUGCAUCGUCCCGAAUGGUAUGAAGAAACCGGGGAGGAUAGACGUCCCGCUCGUGCUCGACCAGCUCCGCUGUAACGGUGUCCUCGAAGGCAUCCGCAUCGCCCGUCUCGGCUACCCCAAUCGUCUCCCGUUCCCGGAAUUCAGACAGCGCUACGAGGUCCUCACGCCCGGGAUC